CCGCCCCGGAAGUGGGGUUACGGAAGCCCCGGAAGCGGAAGUGGCCCCUCGGUCAUGGUGGCGUUGUGGCAACGUUUAUCCGCGGGACUUUCGCUCUUGUCGCGGCCCCUGCACACGGGGACCCCGGCGCGGGAUGUGCUGCUCUUCGAACACGAGCGGAGUCGUUUCUUCGCCAUCCUCGGGCUGUUCUGCGCCGGCCAGAGUAUCUUCUGGGCCUCCCUGGCCCUAGCAGCUCUGUCCCCACCCCCAGCUCCAUCGCGUGGUAGGGACGCUGGGGCCUCGGACCGCGACUGGGUGAACCUGCGCUCUGCGUUGUGGCGCUAUGGGCUGGCUGCAGGCUGCAGUGCCAUGGGAACCCUGGUACUUGGUGCUGGUCUGGUCUUCUCUCUCCGAUCCGUGCGUUCAGUGAUGCUCCGAGCUGGAGGGCAGCAGGUGACCCUCACCACGCAUGCCCCCUUUGGCUUGGGGGCUUGUUUGACUGUUCCCUUAAACCAGGUGUCCUGCAUGGCCCACCGAGGGGAAGUCCCUGCCAUGCUGCCUCUGAAGGUCAAAGGCCGGCGCUUCUACUUCCUCUUGGACAAAGCUGGACACUUCCCCAAUGUUCAGCUCUUUGACAGCACAGUGGGUGCUUACCGGAGCUUGUGAAGAAAGGUCAUUCAUACCUCCCAGAGGUAGAUGAAAACUCCUAGGGAUGGAGUGACAACAAGGGUCACAAAAGGGUGUCCAGUGUUUAACAGUAAAUAAAAGAGUCAAGGGCAACAAGGGGAAAAAAUGAGAACCAAGACCUGUCAUGUAAAGGUACAAGAUCCCAGUAAUGAAUGUAACUGUACUGUAUACCUAGAAUGUACCAAUAAACUCAAUAAAAAGAAAAAAAAAACUAUAGAUGCAGAAGAGAAAGAUCUACCA